CAAACCUUGGCAAGAUGGAGGAGGAGAAGGCUUGGAGGAAGAGGAAGAUGGCCCAGGACACCCAGGCAGGGAAGGAGCUGAGGAUGGAGACCAGGGAGGACAAAUCCCCACAGCAGAACCUCAUGGAAGAGGCUGUUUUGAGUGACUCCACAGUGCAGGAACCCAAUGUGGAGGAAAAGCCCCGGCAAUUCCGCACAAGGAGGGGCUGCAAACCCAGCCCAGGGUGCUCUGAGGAGGAAAGACCCACCCUGAACCAGGAAGGUGGACAGAGCUUCAGCCAGAGCUCAGAGCUGGUGGCCCAUGAGCAGCUUCAUGCCUGCGAGAGGCCGUAUGAGUGCUUGGAGUGUGGGAAGAGCUUCAGGAAGAGAUUCAACCUGAUCUGCCACCAGAGGAUCCACACUGGGGAACGGCCCUACGAGUGCUCGGAAUGUGGGAUGAGCUUCAGCCACAGAUCUGACCUGGUUGUCCACCAGAGGUUCCACACCGGGGAGAGGCCCUACGAGUGUCCCCAGUGUCAGAAAAGGUUUCACACCAGCACCCACCUCCUCGUACAUGAGCGGAUUCACACAGGGGAGAGGCCCUUCUGCUGCCCUGAAUGCGGGAUGGGCUUCAGGCACAAAUCCACCCUCGUCACCCACCGGUGCAUCCACACUGGGGAGAGGCCCUACGAGUGUCCCCAGUGUGGACAAAGCUUCAGCCAGAUCACAGAGCUGGUGGUUCGUGAGCAGCUUCAUGAUGGGGAGAAUCCCCACAAGUGCUCAGAGUGUGGGAAGAGCUUCAGGCAGAGCAGCACCCUGAUCAGCCACCAGAUGAUCCACACCAGGGAAUGGGCCUCCGAGUGUGGGGAAUGUGGGAAGGGCUUCAGUUACAGGUCCACCCUUGUGACCCACCAACGCAUCCACACCGGGGAGAGGCCCUACAAGUGUCCCCAGUGUGGGAAGAGUUUCACCCAGAGCUCUGACUUGACCACUCAUGAGCAGCUCCAUGAUGGGGAGAAGCCUCACACGUGCAUGGAGUGUGGGAAGAGCUUCAGGCGGAACUGCAACCUGAUUGUGCACCAGAGGAUCCACACUGGGGAGAAGCCCUACGAGUGUGGGGAGUGUGGAAAGAGCUUCAGCCAGAGCUCUAGCCUGAUCAAGCACCAGAGGAUCCACACUGGAGAACGGCCCUUCGAGUGUGGGGAGUGUGGGAAGAGCUUCAGCCUGAGCUCCAACCUGAUCAAGCACCAGAGAACCCACACUGGGGAGAGGCCCUACGAGUGUGGGGAGUGUGGGAAGAGCUUCUCACAGAGCUCCCACCUGUCCUCGCACAAGAGGACCCACACUGGGGAGAGGCCCUAUGAGUGUUCCAAGUGUGGGAAGGGGUUUCAGAUCAGCUCCCGUCUCAUCAGGCACUAUCAGAGUCACACAGAGGAGAGGCCCUUCCAAUGCCCUGAGUGCGGGAAGAGAUUCAGGCAGAACGCCCACCUGAUCAGGCACCGGCGCAUCCACACUGGGGAGAGGCCCUACGAGUGUCCCCAGUGUGGGAAGAGCUUCUCCAGGAGUUCUCACUUGACCCGACACCAACAGAGGCACUGGUAAGGGAAGCCCUGCGAGUGCCCCGAGUGCGGGCAGAGCUUCGUGCGCUGCUCCAGCUCCAUCCCCCA